AUGUAUAAAAUUAUCAAUGAAACUAAUAACUUUGAUAUUCAAAAUAUUGAUGGAUCCAAUAAUGAUAUUCAAAUUAUUGAAGCUGAUAACCUUGAUAUUCAAAUAAUUGACAAAAUUGAAACUAUUUAUGAAAAGAAUUUAGAAUCCUUUGAAAAAAAUAAUAAUGAAUUUUCUGACAUUGAGAAUAAUUUAAUCAAAUUGAAUGAAAAUUCAAUAACUUAUUUUACAAAAGAAAUUGACAUUACAUAUUAUUUAUCAUACUUUAAUACCUAUCGAAUAUUCUAUGACAAGUUUUGA